GUAUACAGAUAGAAAUAUUCAGUGAUGAAGAAUCUGCCAUUCUAGUAAUUAAAAAUGAAGAGUUUUCGUUGUCAUAUAAAUCUGAAAUUACACCUGUUAAUCUUAUGAAUUUCUUUCUUAUAACUUUCAUUGAGCUUGAAAAUAAUAUGAAUAAGAAUGUCAAAUCAAAUACAUCUUUAGAAGAAAUGAAGGAUAAAAAGCUAAAAAGGAAAACAGAUCUCAAAUUAAGUUAUAGUAAAUUGGCAUUGAAGUCUUAUGACAAGCUUAAAGAAAUAUUAAACAUUGCUGGACAUAAUACUCCUAAACUUGAUGGUAUAGGUUUCCUGUAG